UUGCGUUCUGAGCAACGGUACGUUAGUUCGAUACGACUGCUUCGAUGAUGAAGAGACUCUCACGUACAAGUGAUUGGGGUGCUUCUCGUUGGACAGUUCAGUGCGCGCACUUUUAGUAUUAACACACAACUACAAAAAACUUCUUGUAGGAAAAGGUGCAGUGAAGAAAGAGGUACCUCUAAACAAAAAAUGAUGAACUGUGUGUUAAAAAAUACGGAUAAAAACACGGUAUUAGUGCAUCGACUGUGCAAUGUAGAUGAUUGAUCGAAAGAGCGCACAAACGGUGGAUAACAUACAGUUUCUAGCAUGCUUUUUUUUGGGUUCAUCUUCCCAAAGCGAUGUCUUGAUUUCGAUGUAACACGUGGCGAAGGGAAAGGUUUAGCGCAAACGGUCCCAUGGCUGCACCGUGAUUGAUCGUGUGUCGGACAGUUUAAGCAUCGAAUGAUUCAUGAUUCUAGUUUGGUUGGUGUGGGGUAAAAAAGUGGAAAACGAGUUUAAUUUUCGUGAAAAUUUAUGCCGUGAACACGAAAGUUUGGUACAAUAUUGAUACAUCAAAUUUUUAUAAUGACAAAAACUGAGUAACUUCAAACACGAGAUAGUUUAAAAAAUUGUGUAUCAGAAUGCGAGUAAAUUAAACAUCAGCGUAAUCUUAUAAAGUCAAUUCACUUCUAAUACAACACACGUGUAGCAGUGCGAACGAUCGUCCUGCAGGCCAGCCAGCGUCGCCACCCCGCCAUGCUGCUUGACGCAACAUCACUCACCUUUCCAUGGUCAAUCUUUUAAAGAGCAGCAGCCAAUUAGUUGCAGGCAAUAGCAAUAGCAUCCUCUAACAUUCCAGUGCCACCAAACACAGUCGUUCACUCGUCCCCUGACCCAGUGCGCCACUCGACGGUUGGCAGUAAUUAAGAGGCGGUGUCAAUUAAUCAAACUGACGGUUCCGUUUGUGCCGGGGCCGGAGCGGGCGGGCCCGCUCGUGUGUACCGCGUGUGUGUUGUACCCACCCAAGCUUAUCCGUUGAUCGAGUAUCGAAGUGGUAAAUCAUUAGAUUCGAGUGCUCUUUUUAGUGACUGGCUGAGCGGGGCGUAGGCAAAGCAAGGGAGAGAUAGAGCGCAAGUGGAAGGAAACGCUCCGUCAGAUCACAAACGUGACUCAAGGCGAAAUGUCAGCAGCAACAUAACGGUUCGAUGGAACGGGUAGGAAAACAAAGCAUCGUGUGAGCUUAGCGGUGGAUUACCUGGUGUCAAGAGAGUGUUUGAAAUAUGCUGUUUUUUACGUGGUGCAAAGAGUAUAAUAGUGUAGUGCUGCUGGUGUAACAAAAACACAUCAAAGGUUCAAUAAAGCUCCCAAAAUGCUUCAAGUGACGGCGGAUCGGUUUGGACGCCGGAGCAGCUCCAUCGGCUGUCGGUCAAUUGUCGGCCGGCGGACUUCCAUGUACAUCAACCAAACGCAGCACGAUCGUGAUCCGUUCAAGCUCAUCCUGGAAAUCAACAGUGAGGUGGCACUAUUUCGCGACCUGCUCAUACACGUCGGCCAAUCGAGGGACUGUCCGGAGCUGCGGGAGAAGAUCCGAAAACUUCGCCGAUCCUGCGUCGAGGCCUGCAAGCAUACCGCCGCCCUGAUACUGCCCCAAAUACGAACCGCCAUCGCCGAGGGCAUCCUGACCGAUAACCCGCACCUGGUGCUGCUGUUCUACCUUGCUCAACUAUUUCUAAGAGAAUUAAUCAAAAGCCACCGACUGGUGCAGGUAAUACCGAUGGACAUGUCCGGCUAUUACGAGAACCGGGCUGGCCCGUCCAAUCUGGGCAAUGUGAUAAGUCAGAUACUGCUCUGCAAGCAAAUUACGCCCGACUUCAACCAGGAGGAGCUGUGCAGCAUUACGAAGGACUCGCAGGAGAUCGCCCGAAUACUGCAGGAGCUGCAGGAGUUUAUGCCGCAGCAGGAAAACUACCUGGAGCGAACCAUUGCCCUGACGACCGAAAUCAACGGACCCUGGCCGGCGAAGCGACGGCGUGGAUCAUUAUACAAAAACAUGGGCCUGCUGUGCUGCGUCUCUCGGCCCAACUACCUAUGAAUGCGGACGUCACUGCGGCCGAGUGUGCCGUGGACUGAUCCGUUCGAUCAGCCAGCCGCACAAUGCAUCAUCGCCCUCCCGGGAGCGUAACCGCAACCGCGUAACUCCCCCUCACCCCCGGCAGUGCACAACAAUAAAAAGGGCCGCUUCUCCCACCACCCCUUGCCCGCGAAUCGAAAACCCAUCGACCCUGAACCAAGCAGAAAUGGCAGGAAAUGUACCCGUGGCGUUGAUUUCAUCAUCAACGGUAUGGAUCACUCCGCAUCACAGUGUCAUCGAUGGAUCGAGCGCGCUCGAGCAGCGUUGGCCGGACGUGGCUGGGUUCGUGCAAAACUUGAAAUUUCGUAUUGGUACGGCCCCGUAGCGUGGUCGGGGAAAGUAGAGCAUCGUUGCUCACUCGCCAGUAAGCUUGCCUGAGAAGGAAGCUGGAUGGAUAACGGCAGCCCGCGGUAGGAUAUCGCUUCCGGGCUCCGUUUUUCGGUUAACGAUAACCACAGCCAGUGUGUGUGUGUGUGAGAGUAUGUGUGAAAGAAAUAGAACGAAUGUGCGAGAGAAUGAUGAUGUGAAAGGCUGCACAAAAAACGCUGCAGCCUAGAGAAGCCAGCGAGACUAAAAUAGAUACGAUGGAGCAAUGGCGAAGUGCAGCUGCAUCCUGCACUGCUUGAUACAUUGCGGCAAUAAAAAAAAGGGUGCAUCGGACUGUAACGGAAGCGCAGCAGGGGGCACCAAUGCACCAAUGGAACGAACAUACACACGGACAGACACUCUUGCACUGCGAAGGAAACUUUACCGUAGGCAGCAGGCAGCGAGCGAGCAAUGCGCGAAAUAGUGCCAUGUGAGACUAACGUGCUGAAAGGGAACUUUAUUUUUGGCUUCAUUUUUUUGUUGUAAGUUGCCGGUGGUGCCAUUUUUUGUUUUGUUUCUCAACUCUUUUUUUGGUUCAACUCUAUGUGGGUGUGUUUUUUUAGGUUUGUAUGGAUUUUUUAUAGCUCAGACGGGCGAUUGAUGAUGAUAGUGAUGAUGGAAGCAGUUUUGGGUCUUGUUUUAUUCAUUUUUUAAUAUUAUUUGCAUAUUUGACCUCGGUUUGACCUCUGAGCGCAAACAAAAUUAACGCUAUUUUAUAAUUAGUUUAAUGCUUUUUUAAAUUAAAUUAAAAAAACAGGGUUUCUUGCAUCAAUUUUGUGAAGUGAGCUGCCUAAAUUGUCUAUUAAGAUUUAUGUAUUGUUCAAAACUAUUGCUUCAUCUGUGCAAUAACAUAAGGCCUCAGUUUUAGUACAGAUUUUCAUCUUAUUGCAUCUUAUUCAUUUUCAUUACAUUUUUGAAAGUAAUUUGUAGGUAACAAUUAUACAGUAUUAGUCUUGAUUGUUUUAGCCAUAAACUGCUUUUGUUGAUAAAUUAUGAGCAGCCGAAAGUUUACUCACAAAUAGUUUAUUUACAUUUAAUUUCGUCUUCAUUUUUGUCC